AAACCUACAUUACAACCAACAAAGCUGCAAGUACAGCGCCUCUCCUCGGAAAACAUUUGUGUGACAUCUGCUCUACUAAUGCCAAAGACUGCUAGCGGGCAAGUCAUUCAUGAGCUCAGAGGCUUAGUAUGUGUAAUGUCCAAACCUCUAUAUUCAAUGACAAUGGCAAUGGUAGAUAGCUAUUCAUGUGAGUCAUUGGUGACUCAUAGUAGGAAUUUGACUGUGUUUUUCUUCUUAUAAGCAAUUUGAGAAAGCUUGGACUGAGAAACUGAGGUAUCAUCAUCACACCUGUUAUUCACUUCAGUUUAUUUACCUACACACAAGUAGGCCAGUACUCACUAAUCAAAAUGGUUUUGCAGCACCUAUCUAUUUGGGUGCAAUGAGUCAUGUUGAUAAGUAAUGAUGCUUUUUCAGUGUCUUGGAUACAUGCAAAUUGCAAGAUUACAUACACCUUGGGCAUUAGUACUCAAAUAUGUCAAUGUGCUGUUGAUGAAGAUUGUGGAUUGCUAAACAGUAAAACCUUAUAAUUGUAAAUUGUUACAGCUCUCAGAAGUUAGAAGAGAGUUGAAGAAGUUUUUCUUUUAUUUGACAUUCUUUAUGGCAAAAAGUAAUUGCAUAUGAUGUGUUAACAUUUUUCUGGUUAACUGUUUACAAAGAAACAAUGUGGUGCUCCGUGAUAAUACGACUGUACCAGAGUGCCCACCAUGCUCGCUGCCUGCUGUCACACGGAGUUGUGCAGACCCAGCAGAGGGCUGCGAGCAGGCAUCUCCCCGCCGCGCUCCAGCUCUCCCCGCCGCUGUGCCGCGGGCUGUGCUCGGAGUCGCCGCCGCCGGAGGACGACUGGGACCCGCUGGAGGAGCUGGGCCCGGGGCCGGGCGGCGGCCCGGGGGACGGCGCACACCGGCUGCUGCUGCUGCACCCGCAGACCAAGCGCGGCUCAGAGCGGCAGCCGGCCGAGCGGGCCGACCUGCUACUGGCCGAGGCGGCCGCGCUGGUGCGCUCGCUGCCCGGCUGGCGCGUGCUGGACACGCUCCGGCAGCCGGUGUUGAACGCCCGCUCCAAGACGGUGCUGGGCAGCGGCCAGCUGCGCGCGCUGCAGGAGCGGCUGCGCCGGCUGCCGGCCGCCACCGGGGUGCUGGUGAACGUUCAGCAGCUGAGCGGCCUGCAGCAGGCCGAACUGGAGACCGCCCUCCGGCUGCCCGUGAUCGACCGCUACGGACUGGUGCUGCGCAUCUUCCGGCAGCACGCGUCCAGCCGCGCGGCGCGCCUGCAGGUGGCGCUGGCGCAGCUGCCCUACCAGCGCUCCCGGCUGCGCGCCUCGGGCCAGCACAACGCCGCGCGCCGCCACCAGCUGGACCUGCUGGAGCAGCGGCUGCAGCGCGAGCUGCGCCGGCUGGAGGGGCGGCGCGAGCUGCUGCGCGCCGGCCGCAGCCGCUCCCAGGUGCCCACCGUCGGCGUGGUUGGCUACACGAACGCCGGCAAGACGUCUCUGAUCGGUGCUCUGACAGACGGCGACACGUCGCGUGGCCGGGACCGGCUGUUCGCCACGCUGGACGUCACCGCGCACCGCGCCGCCUCGUCCCGGCUCCGGCACGUGCUGGUGGACACGGUGGGCUUCAUGGCGCAGCUGCCAGCCUCGCUGCUGGAGGCGUUCCGCGCCACACUGCGCGAGCUGGCCGCCGCCGACCUGCUGGUGCACGUGGUGGACCUGUCCCAGCCGGACCGCGUCGCCCAGGCGGAGCACGUGGUGGACACGCUGCGCCACCUGGGCCUACCGCCGGCACUGCUCGAGACGGCCGUCACCGUCGGCAACAAGGCCGACCUGACGCCGGACCGGCCCGAGGGCAUGCUCUGUGUAUCUGCCACCGGCGGCGAGGGUCUGCCCGAGCUCAGCGCGCGCCUGGAGGAGGCGCUUGCGGCCGCCACCGGCCGGCGCACGAUGGUGGUACGCGCGCCGACCGGGGGCGCCACCUACGCCUGGGUGCUGCGCCACUGCGACCUGGUGUCGCAGGAGGUGGACGAGACGGACCCGCAGCUGAGUCGGAUCACCGUGCUGACGUCACCGGGGCAGCUGGCGCAGCUGCGGCGCCAGUUCCCCGGCGUCAGCGUCAGUAACGCCUGACGUGUAGUCCUCGCCAAGGUGUGGUGUAAUUGUGCACUGGGGCUGUGGUGAGCAUGUGUGAAGUGUGAUCAAGCUGUGAGUAACUAUUUGCCGUCUGAAGUUUGUAGAUGACGUCAGUUGCUUUUUACGUGUGUGCGACGACUGAAUGUGAAUGACGUCAGAGGUGUCUAACGUUUCAGGCAAAUGACCCCUCUAGAUGAUGCAAUCAAUUGUCAUUUGUCGCUGUGCUAUCAAGCGCAAAGGCUGUGCAAUAAAGUACUUAAUCCCUCA